CUGAUCAAUCGUAAAGAAUUCAUCACAAAGGCUGGAAAACGGAUCUUCUCUUUUGACGUGUAACCAUUCAGAGGCCAUCGCAGCGUCAUCAUCCCCUGUUGCGUCGCAUCCCCAGCCACCGACCAACCCCCUCUACCAGAAGCCUCACCCAAAAACGCUUUGUUGUAAUUUCACACUUGACCUCAAUUGGAUAGAACAUUUUCAUCCCCUGUCUUGUUGACUUUUGUCCUUUUUACCUUCUUUUGCUUUUCCUCUGUUCAUGAGUAUCGAAACACCAAGACAUUAAUCGCUAUCGUGAGAUUAAUACCUGAUAAGAGGCCUCAAUUGGUACCUCUUGGCAUCUCAACCCGACGUCAGAUCCCCAGCCAACGCAGCACAAUCUCCACACCUGAAAUCCCCGAUCCAACGGGACGCGCAAAAAACACCGAGAAUCCCUUCGACGAGAGAUAUAACGCGUGAGGCAUCAACGCAGCGCUUCAUUUUGAGGCAUCCAAACUAUCUUCACUAGGAAUCGAAUUGAGGUUCCUUAAGGUGACGCUGGAUUCACUGGUCGCCGAUCGGCGGGGCUGUUCUGCGACGUGGCAGUCUUUUUGGCAUUGCGGGAAGAACACCAGCGACGCGUGAUUCUUGGGCAUUCAACGACUUAUACUAUAUCUUGACGACCUGGACGACAAAUUGAGCUUCUUAUUCACGCUUGGUUUCUAGAACCAAAACGACGAAAUGGUCGCCAAAUCAACGGUUACCGGUUUGACCGGCACUACGGGAUGGACUGGAACGAGCUUCACACGAUCGUCAAUGACCUACGAUGGGCCUCCGCCAUCUACACAUGUUCGAACAUACAACUGGCCUCCUCUCCAAUUGAAUUUCUGGAUCUUUGUUAUCCUCCUCGCGUCGACGAGCAUCAUUGGCGUGUUCGCGACAUUUAUACAGAUCCAGACUCAACUUGAGCUUGGAAUUCCAUGGUACUUUCCCUACUUCAUCACCGUCGGUUCACUCUCGAUUCUCUUUAUUCUCGGUAUUUUCUGGCUCAUCGCCCAACGACGCCUCCUCCCCGCCAUCGUAAUGGUCGGCGGGUUCAUGUUCUUUAUACUCUGGCUCGUUGGUCUUGUCGUCGUAGCGAUACAGUUAUUUGGACCGGAUGGAUCUAUUCAGAGCGUGUGCGAUGUUCAAGUCUUUGGAAAGAAUCCCAAGGGCACGAGCAUGGCGACGAUGGCGUGGCUCCAACAACGAAAUAUCUGUCAAUCAUGGCAGCUUGUCUUUGCGAUGGCUCUAACUGGUACUGUCUUCUUCGUCUGGGUUAUGAUCAUGGCGUACCAAGUCUUUGUCAACUCAUAACCAGUAAAUGAGGGAAAUACAGAGAUGGGAUAAUUGGAUUAAUGACGAAGUUACGAAGCAUGGCAUGAAGCCUGGAGUUGCAUGAUUGUUAUAAUAUGUUUGUUUGCAUUGGAUGGAGUUGGAUUGAACAGAACAUGGGGCAUUUACAGGCAUUCUAUCGGAAUAGUAUAGACGAGAUGAUUAAUUGGUACUACAGUAUGCACAUCAUCAAAUGACCUCCAAGGGACCAUCAAAUGCUGGCUCCCUCAAUCUUCAAGCUAACUGAGAG